AUGAAGAAAUACCAACUUAUGGGCCGACGGAAGGUGUCGUCAGUACCCAAGAAGCACACGUACCAGCCGCUCCAUCUCCACUCCAUGCCAUAUGAAAUACUCAUGCAAAUAUUUGCUGAGGUAGCUGAGGACAUGCCCAGCCUUCUACUGCUUGCGUUGGUGUGUUCCAAGUUCAAUAAUAUUGUCAGCAAGAGCUUUAUUUAUCACACGGUCAAAUUCAAGUCGACUCACCAGUUUGCUAAGUUCUGCCAGGCACAUUUGCCUCUGAAAACGUCGUUAGGGCGUCGUUUUGGGACAACAGAGCCGAGCUCGAAGGUGAAUCUAAUCAGAUGUGUUCAUUUCGACAACCCACCAACCCAUGAUCCCACUUCUCUGACCCAGAUCGCUGGAACUUACAGUGUUGAUACACUGAGCGGGACCACAAAGUAUCAGGAUUUUGUUUCUCAGAUGAAGAGCUUGCUUAAUGAGGCUUACGGUAUCAAAGAGGUACGUCUCACUGAGAUAUCUCCGCAAUUCGAGUUUCCACUUGACCUCAUUCAGACCCAGCUGUUUUCGAGUAUAAAGCUUCGCUUCAAGGCUCCUAAACCAUCUCGUAAAAUCGAGAAAGUGGUGUUAGUCGCUCAGUCUGGUUGGAAAAUUCCCUUUAAAUUGGGCCACAUCUCGCUUUUUAUCCAUGUUUUCGACGAAAUCUCCGAACUCAAGUUGAAUAAAUUUGUCAUAAAUGACCUGAAGAUCCUAUGUGACCUGCUUCAGAUACCGUUCAGCAUAGACUGUUUGGUACUGACCGCGUCGGUCUACUCGGAUUGCCGGAAGCCCAAUCAAAAACGUGUUCCUUCCAAAUUGUUCGCUAAGACUACGUCGUUGCUGCUUGAAGAUAUCCAACAUGGAAAUGACUUGUGUUUGAUUGAUUUCAUCAAAUGUAAUGAUGACCUCUCUCGAUUGAGUAUAGACAUCGGUUCUAGCAUUUUCUACUAUGUGGAUCCGCAAGACCAAACAGUGAAAUUCAACUUCUCCAAAUAUAACAAUUUCUUCAAGUUGGUGUGCUCGGGAAAAGGCGGAUAUUCCAAACUUAAGGAGGUCGUACUCACAAACUUUGACUUGUUCAACAGUUUUUCUCACCAACACGAGAGUAAGUUGGAUAGAAUUUCUGAAGAAGGUGAGGAAGAUGAUUGGGUUGAGAAACCUACUAACACUUUUGAGCAUUUCAUGACCUAUUUGUCUCAAGUAACAUACUUAACUAUUGUGGUAAAAGAGGCUCCUGCUGUGAUGCACACUUGUGUGAAUUGUGGAUUUACGGUGACAGAGAAAACAAAGAGUAUCUCCAGUCUACUUCCUCACGAAUGGGCAAUUAUCUUGUCCCCAAUUCUUGCAAACAGACAUUGUUCUGUUUUGAUCUACAAUCAUAAAUUGCGGCCUCUUUUUUCUCGACGGGCGGUGGAUUAG